AUGCAGAAUCCAGUUUCUAGAUGGCACAUUUGCGAAGGUUCAAUUAAUAGCAUAGCUUUCUCUUCUGAUGGGGUCUAUGUAGCAACUGUUGGAAGGGAUGGUUACCUGCGAGUUUUUGACUACAAAAACGAACAGCUUAUAUGUGGUGGAAAGAGCUAUUAUGGUGCACUAUUGUGUUGUGCUUGGAGCAUUGAUGGAAAAUACAUUCUCACUGGCGGCGAGGAUGACCUAGUUCAAGUUUGGAGUAUGGAAGAUCGAAAGGUUGUAGCAUGGGGUGAGGGACACAGCUCAUGGGUUAGUGGAGUGGCAUUCGAUUCAUAUUGGUCUGCACCAAAUUCAGAUGGCGUUGUGGAGAAUGUCGUAUACCGUUUUGGUUCUGUUGGUCAGGACACACAAUUGCUUCUAUGGGAUCUUGUAAUGGAUGAGCUUGUUGUGCCAGUGCGCCGCCCCUCAGGUGGAUCUCCGACUUUUAGUACUGGAAGUCAGUCGACUCAUUGGGACAGUGGUUUCCCUGUUGGUUUGGCUCUCACUCAAGAAUCCAUUCUCACAGUUGGCCGAGAGGGCCAUAUAAAAAUUUGGAUGAGACCGUGUUUUGCUGAAAACCAACAAGUUCGAAGGAAAAACCAUCAUUAA